AGGCCGCAAAGUCCUAAAUCCUAGACUGACUAAUUAUAGUUGCUAGGUUCAGUCUGGCCUGACCGGAUCGUGCUGAAACCGGCGCCGACCAUUGCCGACCACCGUAUUUUGAUAGCGCUAUAGGUCAUGCGCACAUAACCUCACUCUAUAUAAUUCAACCAUUGUUCUCCUCGACUUCGUUCAGUCUAUUUCCGUUAUAUACGAUCUCGUCUACUUGAACUCUAUCACUCGUUAUCACCUUCCAAACUAUUCCGUGGCAUCCUCGCCCUUCCCAAAAUGCCCCUAACAGUCCACCAUUUGCAAUGGUCGCAAUCCGAGCGCAUACCAUGGCUCUGCGAAGAACUAGAAAUCCCAUACACACUCACUCUCCACCAACGCGCGCCCAUGUUAUCCCCCAAAGCCAUCAGAGACCUCAACCCGCUCGGCCAAGCCCCCGUCAUCCAAGACGGGGACCUCACGCUCGCGGAAUCCGCCGCCUGCUGCGAAUACAUUAUCCACAAGUUCGGCAACGGGAGGCUCGCGCUGCCACCCUCGCACAAGGACUACGCCGACUACCUCUACUGGUUCCACUUCUCAAACGGCACUUUGCAGCCGAUGGUACUGCUUCUGUUCUCGGUCGCUCGCGUUCAGAGAGAGGGGCCUGCUACCACGCGCUACAGGGAGAUGUUCGAGCGCUGUCUGUCGUUUAUGGAUAAGCGGCUGAGGGAGAAUGAGUGGUUGGCGGGAGAGGAGUUUACGGCUGCGGAUAUUAUGACUGUAUUUUCGCUGACAACGAUGCGCGCAUUUCAUGGAUUUGAUUUGACGAAAUAUGAGGGGAUUCUGGGGUAUUUGAAGAGAGUGUCCGAGAGGGAGGGGUAUAAGAAGGCGAGGGCGAAGGCGGAUCCGGAGAUGGAACUCAUGAUUGACGGGAAGGCUCCGAGGCAGUUUGAGGAUAAGUUGAAGGCGGAGGGGAAGCUUUGAAUGACCUGAUCCGUGAAAAAUCUAGGGAUGACCCACGUCAUGUGCAGGUCACAUCCUAUGUGGGUCAUCUUCGUGUAUAUAGUCCUUGGUCGCGCUCCUCAGCUUCUUCAUCAUGUAACACCACUCUGUUACUUCCUCAUUCUCGUAAAGAAUUUUUUCGCUCAAGUCUUCAUUGUUCAAGUCAAAGAUACCAGGCACAAC